AUGGACGCUGGUGCUAAGCACAUCGACGUGAAGCUACAUCUAGGAACGUUGAGUUUAUGUGUUGAAGAUGACGGACAUGGCAUGACCAGUGAGGAGUUGGAUGUGGUUGGGACUUCUUACUUUCUGUCCAAGGGUGAUCUGGCUCGUGGGGAAUCGCUCAGCGCCUUGGUGAGUAGCUGCUCCAAUGUGGUGAUACUGACGAGGAGGAAACAGGAUAAAGAGUGGAACAAGAAGUCCUUCAGAAGUAAAAACAAGCUAGAGGUUCUGACACUUGAAAGGUUCUUUAAGCCAAACUAUUCGACUAAUGGCACAGUCGUUAUGGCUACUCGUUUAUUUGGUUCUACUCCCGUGCGGUGGGAAAUUGCAAUGCAGAACCACAAGAAUAUGAUGGAGUCCAUUAGAAUUAAGUUAUUCGAACUAUUAGCAUACAGAAUUGAUGCCAGGGUGAGAUUGUCUGUGAACGAUGGACUGGAGGGUUUCAAAAAGAUCGCAGAUACCGGUGAAUGUGGAGACUUGACCAAUGCUUACGCUGCUUUCUUUGGCAAAAGAGAUUUUCAAACCAUUGAAGGAAUUGAAGGUGGAUUAAAGGUGACAAUGUUCAUCUCACUGGAGCCUGUUCAGAACAGUCGCCAUCAGUUCGUGUUCCUAAACAGGAGAUCCGUCUGCCUACGAGGCUCUGAAAGAAGAGGAAUAUCAAAUUACAUCCUGAAAUUUAUGUACCCGUCAGUGAAGGGAUAUUUUGGGAAGUCUGUCAAAGGCUAUCCAAUUUUCAUUGUGCUCCUAAGGAGUGAAGAUCAAGAUGACAGUUUCGAUGGCCGUGCUACGAAGGCGAUCCAAGGUGCUAUCAUUCGAACUCUAUCAUAUCGACUUAGUGGUGGUAUUAGCGUCCCACAAACUCCACGGAAACGAGCCAGACUACCCAGGUCAUGUGGUACAGACUCUCCAUUGUCACUGUUAACUGCAUCCCCCGAAUCGGCACCUGACUCUCCCAGGCUUUCCCAAAUCACAAAUGAGAUUUUCCUAGACGAUUAUCAAAUAGUAAACCAAGUGUCGUCCAGAUUCAUCCUCUUUGUGAACCGGGCCACUUUGUACAUUGUGGACCAACACGCAUGCGAUGAACGUAUCCGAUACGAGCAAAUUCUUCGAGAUUUCUUGAAAGACAUUCAAGAUCCGUUUAUCGACAUGCGGGUGAAGUGCGAUAAGCCGCUUUCUCUCGACAUAAAUCGGGAAGACUCGGAGAUUUUCAGCAAGCACCGGCAAUAUCUUCUGGAGUACGGCAUUGGUUUUACCAUUGAGGGUAGCUGCGUUCAUGUUACGCACCUUCCAGCGAUUCUUAUGUCCAAAGCCAAAGAUACCUCUUCGUUGAAGUCUUUCAUGAUCGGCUGGGUGUCAGAUCUAGAACAACGAAACACCGAUAUCAACCCCUCACAAGACUGGUUCAUGGCAAUCCAACAAAUUCCUACCCCAAUUCGUGAUUCAUUGAUUACGAAGUCGUGCAAAGAUGCCAUCAAGUUUGGAGAGCAGCUUACACUAGAGGAAAUGCAUCAUUUGAUGAGUGAGUUGAGCAAGUGCCGCCUUUUCACCCAAUGUGCUCACGGAAGACCAACAAUUGUACCAAUCGGGGAUAUUGAAAACUUUGAAGGCUCCCAUAUGUUUGGAUCUCCAGAAUCUGAGAGAUUUUAUUCUGGAACGGGCUCUCUUAUUGACGGGAUUAAUAAUGAGUCGUUCUCAACUCCGCUCAAGCGCCUCCCGAAUGCCAAUGUGAACCUGGUACUACAUGAGAUCAAUGAAGACCAACAAUCACACAAACAAAGUGAACCACAAGCACAACAAAAUGCUCCGCUUAGCCGAUCAUCACAAUUUGCGCAGCUCAAUGAUAUGAGCAAUUUAUUGCCCUUGUCCGAAGCAUCUCUCCAAGCAUCUAGGGCCAGAAUCCCCUUCAGCAGUAAACAGAAAGAGAAUAAUUUAUUCAACCUGGAAGUCGACCACAAACCCAAGGGACAGGUGUUCUACAAACCCUUGUAUCAUAACAGAAACAUUCUUCCCCAGGAAUUUCUUCCACCUAAGUCUGCACAGUCUGCAAAGAACAAAAUCAUCAGACAACAAGAACCAGCAUACAACAGAGAUGACGACGAGCUCAGCGACGACGAGGAUGCACCCACACAAGCACCUUCAGGCGAGUGGAUGAGUCCAGUGAUGAAGGUUGCAUUGAGCAGGCAAGUCAACAAGGAGAGGAUCUUCAAAGCAAUGUGCACCAACAUCUUUCGUUUGGUGGGCUUCCAUCUUGUCCUUCUCUUCGUUGAGUACUUCUACAAGCUUUACCAGCUCAAUCAUCUGUACUCGCAAGUACUUCGAAAGCAUGCGGCAUGGGCCCGCUAUGUGGAUAGCGAACAAAGUUGGAUAUCUACAGUUUGGCCCCAUGUUCGCCACGUCCAGUGGGUUUUUAUAAUCGCAAUUGUCAUAAGCAUCGUGAGACUUAUAUGGCCUCAGGACCAAUGCGUUGACUUACCUCUUACGGAAAAGCAGAGGCAGCUUCUAGGACUCAAAUCAUUGGCAGCAGGUCAAAUUGAUGAUGAUGGGGAUGAUGGCUUUGCCUUCAAGAAGCGUCAUUUCGAGCUGAAAACCAAAAAGCUGGUGCUCCCGCCACGCUACCUGAUUAUCAAUGGAUUGAUCUCGUCAGUUGACGAAAGUUUACCCAAGCCACAAGAAGUUGAACCUGAAAUCGCACUCUCUAACGUGAUUCCCUCGAGAACUGCGGCCCUCCAGCAUUCCCGCCGUUUGCAAACCGAUGAGGUAAGUCAAAUUUCCAAAGAUUUUCACAACAAGUUCAGCUAG